AUGGCAUCAGUAUUAGAUGACCAAGAUGCAGCUGCAGAAGACUCUGGCUCAAGCGCAGCUUCGCCAACAGAGAACAUCAUUUCACGAGCGUACCAGCUCGAGAUGUUUGAGCUCAGCAUGAAGCAGAACAUCAUUGUCUGCAUGGAUACGGGCAGCGGGAAAACCCAGAUUGCUCGCCUGCGGAUCCAGGCGGAAUUGGAACGAACUCCGAACAAGCUGAUAUGGCUACUAACCCCCAGCCAAGUGCUGGCGGAGCAACAACACAGCUUUCUUAGUGCCCAGCUUCCCACCUACACCUUCCGCUUAAUCACUGGAGCUGACAACGCAGAAUAUUGGGCGUCGAAAGAGGUGUGGACGGCUGCUCUUCUAAAUCAAAACGGCAUCGUGUCGACUCCUGCCAUCUUGCUGGAAGCGCUGAAGCAUGACUAUCUCUCUCUGUCAAUAAUUUCGCUGCUGGUGUUCGACGAAGCCCACCAUUGUAUCGGAAAAACUUCCUACAACAAAAUCAUGACGUUGAAGUAUCACCCGACCCAUGCGCAAGGCUCACCCUCGCUGCCGCACGUAUUAGGUCUCACGGCAAGUCCUAUGAUCCGCGAUGAUCUAUCCCUCAUCUCAGAGCUCGAGCGCAACCUCGAUGCCGUAUGUCGUAGUCCCACUACCAAUGUGGAACAGUACCGCGAAUUUGUGCACCUACCCCAACUGGUCUCGUUGCCUUUUACUCAGACAAACAACACCAAGUCCACGUUGAUCCCUCUGGUCGAGGAUCUGAUCCGGAACUACAAUAUCGAAGAAGAUCCAACCAUCAUCAAGCUUCAGCGGUCAACCUCAGAAAAGGACAAGCAAAAGCUCGCAAAGUUUCGCCAGAAGCAAGAGCCGCCUGUAUUAAUCCAGUUGAAGGAUAUGCUCAAGAACGGCAUUCAUAUGGAAGACAGCAUUGGAUCCUGGGCCACUGAUCGAUACAUUGUCGCCUGCAUCGAGAAGCUCCAGUCUUCGGUAGAGCAGAACAAGGAUUGUCUGUUCAUGAUCGAUCACGACGAAAACGUUCUCUUGGCAAGCAUUCUGAGUCCUGUGCGAGGUCGCUACCUUGCCCCCAGUGAGCGGACUGUCACUGCGAAAGUCACUGCACUGAUCGAUUUCUUGACUGAUGCUGACCCUGCUGCUGCUGCGGCGUGCGUUGUCUUCGUGGAAAGAAGAUCCACAGCGUACGCACUCUGCGAUGUGCUCAGCGAGGAACCAGCACUGGCAAAGUACCGAUGCUUUCCCUUCGUUGGCUCAUCAAAUGCGCUCUACAGAUCUCUCCCGGAUCUGUUUGAUAAGAAACACCAGAGCAAGGCAUUUGCUGACUUUCGUGCUGGAACGCAGAACGUUUGCAUCGCCACCCAAGUUCUCGAAGAGGGCAUCGACGUACAGGCUUGCAAUUUAGUAAUCUGCUUCGACCAUCCGCAGACCAACAAGUCAUACAUACAACGCCGUGGGCGCGCUCGCCGACCAGAUUCUCAGUACGUGAUAAUGCAUCACGCGGGCUUGCCUGUAUCAAAGCAGAUCCAGUGGACCGAGCUCGAAGCGGAGAUGAAGAAGAUAUACUCAGAGCAAGACCGACUAAGAAAAGAGAUGAAUUCUCGUGAGGAACAGGUCAGAGAGAGUGUCCAAGAGGCGCCCAUAUCCGCAGGAGAAGCACUCGUCGAGUUCAACGACGCAAGACAGCUGCUUGACUACUUCUGCGCAACAUUGAAACGUCAUGGUGAAGAGACGCCAUCCCCAAUAUACAUUCUGGAAGAAAUCGCGGCGUUCCAGAUAUCAUGCAAAGUCAUAUUACCCGCCGACCUUCCACAAGACGUGCGGACCGCGUGUUCGUUGUGGCCUCGGCGAUCGGAAGCCCUAGCGAAAAAGGAUGCUGCUUUCCAGGCAUACAAGCAACUGUACCAGGCAGGGCUUCUCAAUCAGCAUUUGAUGCCCAUUCAUGCUGAGGCCCGGCGCAGAAGAGCGCCAGGAUUUGAUUCAAUUGAGACUCGUGAGAGUUUACUGGAAGUACCUGCUCAAAUGGAGCCAUGGGAGCAGAUGCGCGAGGCUCUUUGCCUGAAGCACCCAUUACACGCCAGUAGGGUCGAGAUUCCCGGACUGCCCAGUCUCAUUCUACUCCUGCCGCAAGCAUUGCCUCACGAGAUCAAAUGCGAUCUACAGACGAUCACGCAAGGGAAGCUAACAAUCAAAAUCGAGCCUGUUUCUGGCAGUUCUGACAUUCUGCACGAACAAGCUGCCGCAACUACAAAGUUUUUAUAUGGCUUGGUGUUGGGUCGAAGACUACCAGGUCUUGAUUCCAAUGCCUACAGACUUCCAUACUACCUUGUACCGGAUGUAGGUGGGGAGGAAUUGGACGGCUGGCUUGGGCAAUGCCGCAGACUCUCGCCUGCUUCAGAGGUGAGGUUGUUUGAUACUCGAGACGAAUUUCUCGUACUUCACCAGAAUGAGCGCAUUCCUUACUUCUGGACGCCUUCUAAAUUGUCAGGUGGGCCAGAAUCUGAAGGUCUUAUUGAUGUGGUCCGCCUUCACCGUCUAAUAGACUUCACCACAAAACCCAGGGGGCCUCGACCCCAGCCGAUACGUCGACGGCAACAUGUAGCGGAGUGUACCGUCAUUGCUUUACCCGCUGGUUAUGCCAGAGCCAUGGCUUAUAUGCCUACGAUCAUGUACUACAUUGAACAAACAUUGCGAGCACGUGAAGCACAAGCAGGCCCGUUGCAAAGCAUAUCAUUUAGCGAUGCCCCCUUUGUGAUGACGGCACUGACAGCCCCAGUGGCUGGCGAUCCCGACUAUCAACGCCUUGAGUACCUAGGUGAUGUGGUCCUGAAGUUCAUGGCUUCAGUCAACGUCUUCUGCAACAACCCGAAGAUGCCUGAAGGAGCCUUGAGUGUCGCUAUGGACCGGAUCAUCAACAACGCCCGGCUUCACCGAAGUACUCUUGACCUGGCAUUGGAGACCUUCAUCACAACUGAGCCCUUCUCAGCCCAUAGUUGGACAUUGGCACCAAGAAAGGAACCUCCAACCCGCAAACUCUCCACCAAGAUACUGGCUGAUGUGAUCGAGGCCCUCCUCGGCGUUGCCUACCUUGACGAAAAUGCUGCCGAAUUCGACAAAGUUGUACAGGCUCUCCAGCUCUUCGUUCCCGAGUACACGUGGAAGUUGCCGUGCGUCGAUGUCGCGGGAAUAGCGCUCGCCAGACCGUCCACAGAAUACCUCAACCUCGAAAGCGACCGCUUCCUACACACACAAGCAUUCCUCUCCUACAGCUUCAAUAACCCAAAACUCCUCGCCGAAGCUCUCAAUCACUCUUCCGCCAAUCCCGCCCUUGGUACAUAUGACCGUCUCGAGUUUCUCGGUGAUGCCAUCAUCGACCUGCUCGUCAAGCGGCGCCUAUACCAUAGCCAGCAUAACUUCAGCGAGGAGUAUAUGACCCUCGCUCGCCACGCCUUGGUGAACAAAGAGAUCUUCGCCUUCCUCACGACAGCAGCACAGAGGGAGAUUGAGGUCGCGGACGUGCAUGUUGAUCUGCGCUCCAGAAAACCUACGACAACCAUAGUCAAGGAGCAGAAGUGUUUGCAUGACUAUUUGGCGCGUCAGCCGAGCCAGGGUCUUGCAGCCCAGCGAAGGGCGCUCCUGGAGCGCUAUGGCGAAGUCCAGGAAACUGUGUCAGAGGCACUACGCAACGGCAAGUCCUGGCCGUGGGCGGAACUCUUGAGGUUAGACUCACCGAAAUGGGCAUCGGAUGUUUUAGAGUCAUUGAUCGGCGCCGUCUUUGUAGACUCCGGCGGGGAUCUCGAGGCAUGCGACUCCACCCUGGGGAAGCUAGGCUUGAUGGCCAUCGUGCAGCGCGUGGCUGCAGAAGGAGACGUCGAGUUCCGCCAAGCGAGGGUGAGGCUAAGAGAAGAGCGGCCUGCUAAGGUGAGUUUCGUCAGCUGCCAGCAGAGGGUGCCCGGAGUCGAGGGGAGCGAGGUGGACUGCACAGCCAGAGCGUGGAGGUGUGAGGCUCACAUCGAGGGCAAGGUCUGCAGCGUGGCUGAGGGUUGUACCUGCGAGGCGGAGGCGGAGGAGAGGGCGGCGCUGGCCGCUUUGGAAGCGAUCGAGCGGGAGGAGGAAGAGGGACUUGGGAAGGCUACCACCGCGCGUACUGAUGCGGAUGUGAGCGUCAAUGUCGAGGUCGGCGUCAAUGAACGGCCUUCAUAG